AUGUCAGACAAUCAAGAACAACCUGUGAUUGCUACAGUUGAUGCUAUUGUUGAUGCUCCAGUCGAAGUGAAAAACGAUCAAGCACAAGGAGUUGCCAACAGUGAACAAUUACAACCAGCAGCUGAAACAAAACAGGAUACAGAGCAGAAAGUUGAGGAAGCGACAGAAACAGUGAAAGAACCUCAGGAAAAAUCUGCUGAAGUUAAAGAUGCUGAACCAGCAACAAGCAAUGCUCAAGAAGCUGUAGUCCAACCAGCUAAUGAAGCAAGAGAAGUUGUAGAAAUGAAACCCGAGCAAACAACAGAAGUUAAUGCACAAUUAACUGGUGAUGUCUCAAAGAAAGUCGAUGAAGCGAAAAAUGUACCGCAAGAAAAUGCCGAUCAAGCUAAAGAAGCUACAACAACUCAAUCAGCUGAUGAAGUUGUAAAUAAACCCGAAGAACCUAAAGAUACAGCAGAAAAGAAAGUUGAUGAAGUGACAGAUACUAAUCAACAAAGUACCGAACAAGCAAAGGAAGCGCCGGCUCCAUCAACUGAUGAAGCACCCAAACAAACAGAUGUAACUGUUGAAACAGCACCAGAAGUCGGAAAUGCCGUCGUUGAAACAAGUCCAGCCAUUUCGGACGUAGUCGCCGAUGCUGCGCAACCGGCCGCGGAAACAGUAGCCGAAGUUGUCACAACUCCUGUUGCUACUACUGAUUCAACAGAAGAAGCUCCUCAACCUUCUGCUGCAGCAGUAAGUGAUGCAAAGGACGAAGCUGCGGAGCCGAAAGAACAAGCACCUGAGAAAACUGAAGAUAAAGACAAAGUACAACAAGAUGUACAAGAGACAAUUGCUGAAUCAAAAGAACCAGAAGCUGCAACAGUCGAAGAAGUAAAAAGUGCAGCUAGUGAGAUAACUUCAGAGGAAAAACCAGUUGCUGAAGAAGUUAAACAAAAUGUACAAGAGAAAGCUCCAGAAUCACAAGAAAAAGCACCCGAAAAUGUCGAAGAAGCACAACCAAAAGCUGAUGAUGUCGUAUCUGAUGAAAAAGAGAAAGUCGAAAAAGUCAAACAAGAAGUCCCAGAAACAGCAACUGAAGUAAAAGAGGCUACAUCUGAGAAAGUCGAAGAAGCAAAAGAUACAACAACAGAAGUUGUUGCUACUGAUGUUAAAGAACAAAUUCAAGAAGCCCAACCAGUUGUUGAACAAAAAGUCGAAGAGCCAAAAGAAGCAAUGAAUCCAGCAGUGGCUGAUGUCAAGGACCAAGCUGAAGAAGUCAAGGUCGAGCCUCAACAAAUAGUUGAAGCUGCUGCGCUUAGCAGUGACGUACAAGCAGCCCCAACAAACGCUACUGAUGCUAUUGUUGUAGCACCGACCGAUCAAAGCGCACAUACCAACGAUACUGGAUCGCAAUAA